CCGUCCACGACCGACGACCGACGACCGACAUCGACGAUCCGCCAGUCGCGCGCCGACUAUUCCACGCGACAGACGUACGCCAGCGCUUCGCUGAAAAAAAAAACAAACGAAAAAAGAACUAAGUGAAAAUUCAGCCAGUGAUUUGAUGCAGUGACUUGGAUUCGAGUGUGUAAUUUUAACACUAUGGUGACGGGCAUAGCCGGCGGGCCGCAGCAGGGCGCCUCCAAUCCGGUGGUGGUCGGCGGAAACAUGAGCUCGCCUGGGCAGACGGAGCAAAAGAAGUCCAGCGAUAACAGAAGGAGCAACAAACCGAUUAUGGAGAAACGAAGAAGAGCGCGAAUCAACAACUGCCUCAACGAACUGAAGGCGCUCAUACUAGACGCCAUGAAGAAAGACCCGGCUAGACAUUCGAAGUUGGAGAAGGCAGACAUUCUGGAGAUGACGGUGAAGCAUUUGGAAGGUCUUCGGUCUGAGGGGGCGGGGUCUCCAGAUCGGUUUCGAGCUGGCUAUAGGCACUGCCUCACGGAGGUGACUAAAUACCCUGGGUUGGAAUCUGGCCUGAAGAGAAGACUCGUGAAGCAUUUGGAAAGCUGCGUUGGCAACCCUAGCACGAGGCCGGCCGGAGCCCCCACUCCGCCCUCCGACCCUGAAGACAAUGCCGUUCCUGCUCAGCAUUCAACUAUUUUUAUUUCGGCCGGUCCUGGGUCAGGCGUCCGAUUGGUGCCAACGAGGUUAUCAAACGGCGACAUCGCCCUGGUCCUCCCAGCUGGAGUCAACGCCGGCACUCUAGGCGCCGUACCAACAUUGGUGCCCCUGUCUCCAAGAGACGCGUCCUCUUCAUCAGCAUCGUCAGAACCGAGGUGCUUUUCUCCAGCAAGUUCAGGGUGGGGGAGUCCGCCACCGUCAGUAGACGAACCAGCCCCACUAGCCUUGGUUACCAGGAGACAACCACCAGAAGACAAGCCAUGGCGGCCGUGGUGACACUACCUCUGUUCGAGAUAAGCCUAUGUCGUUUAUAGUUAGAAUUUCAGUAUGGGGGUCUUUAAACCACGUUUCUAGUGAGUGGCGCAAGAACAUCACGUACAGUACCUCUAGCAUGAACAACUUUCGUCUUCGAAUCGUUUGCGUAUUCGACAAAAUUCGAUACUCAACCAUCGAAUUAAACGAUAACGUGACAAUUUUGAUUCUCAAAAUAAGUUUCGUGCAAUCAUUUCUCAUACUAAGUUCACUUUACGACACGUUCACAAGGGCGCUGUUGUAGUUUUCGUACUAAAUCUUUUGAUGGCGAUUCGAAUACGCAAACGAUUCGAACUCGAAAGUGUUUCGUGCUAGCCGUACAGAUGUAAAACGUUCUUGCCAGUACAAAUAUAAAGCAACCCUCCAUCCCUAGGUUGCAUUCUGUGAUAUAAUUUUAAUGCUAGAUGUAAGGUUGUCUUUUUAAAGGUGUGAUUGGAGUUGUAUAUCGGAAUGUUCCCGUAAUAAUUGCAAUUAGAGAUAAUUUUAGUUGACCGUAAACUGUUACAUAUAAUGUUGUAUAUACCAUGACGAGUGGCAUAUUUAUUACAACUCUUACGGCUGAUAUGUGAUUAUAUGAAAAAGCUUUGAAGUUCCUAGUAUGAAUGUAAAUCGAGAUUUAAAUAUUUAUGUGCCACUAAUGUGUGUGGUUAUGUGGUAUCUAAUUUGGUCAGUAUAUAUUUUGUGUGAUAUCUAUUUGUUUAAGAGUAAGUAAACAAAUUAAACAAUAUUGAAAUGAUUAAUAAAGCAAGGCCAUUUAAUAUGUUAUUAAAUGUAUAUUAAUGUUAGUUAUGAACUAGGAUAUUUUUGUAAAUACAAGGAUGACAUCUGAGGCAGUAUUUCAUUUAUGUACGUAAAAGGACUAUGUCCGAAUUUAUUUUAUAAAAUUAAGUAAAUAAAUACUUAACAAAUAAUAGUUUAUUUAGUUCAUUCCUUUUAUUUAGGACUUAGUGCCAUGUAUUUAGUUUACAUUUUAUUGAUUAAAGUUUUUUUGUUUACAACAAGGACUAGAGUAAGCAAAAGGUACAUAAAUAAAUGCAUUGAGUGCGUUUUAAUUAUUUUUGCUAAGUAAUAAAGAUUAACAUAGAAUGAAUUCUAUGUGCCUUAUACAGCAAAAUCGUAAGGUCUUCCAUAGAUUAUGUUUUAUUUAGAGUAGAGUUAUAUGGAUUUUAUUUUAUCGCUAAAAGUAUAACAUUAAAUCGCUCAAUACUAUAAUAGUUUGUUACCGAAAUACCAGUAGUAGUCAUAUCGUCUUCCUUUCUCAGUUACCGUUCUUAACAGUAAUUUUAUUAAAGGUAUAAUAUUUUUAACAAUAUUUUUACUGAAGGUACAAUUUUCUGUAUAAUGUAGUUACAUGUCAUGUUAAAUUGUGAAACAGGCUUUCAUAAUUUAUAUUUUGGUGAGUCGGUGUAGAGUUAUUUUCGUAUCUUAUUUUCUCAUUAGUGUCGUGUUGUACGAAAUAUGUUAAUUUUAAUUAUUACAUUUUAUGAUUGUAAUAAAAUAUUAUUCGUUCUCUCUGUGUACUGAGAGAAGUACCGUGAUAUUAAAUAAUUAUAAUAUUAGAUAGAAUAAGAUGAUGUACCUAAAAGAAAUACCUACGCCAUUAACUUAAAACAAUAAAUAAGAUUUGAAAACA